CUCUUACAAACCACAAGUUGCUGGGACUAUCUGCCUGUACUGGGAUCAACACUCUGUGCUACACUAUGUAUUUUAUAGCAGACUACACAAAAUUAGGAAUCAUUCUGUGUGGAAUGUCCAUCUUCACCGAGUGUGAUGGGAAACCUGUAAAGAGACGGGCAGUCAGCGAGAUGCAGCUGAUGCAUAAUUUUGGAGAUCUUAGACAUGCUUUGCAAAGACAGGAAUGGCUGCAACUUCAGCUCCACAACAUGUACACUGCGUCGAUGAGCACACCGCAGGAAUCUACCCCCAAGGUGGCAGAAAACAGACAACAGAAGCCACUCAAAAAAGAAAACAGACCCAAACACUUCUCCCAACAAAACCAACAUAUAAAUCCAAAGAAGUCUCACAGACACAAUGUAAAACUCAACGUAGACAAAGUUUUAAAGCCAGAUAUCCCGUGA